UUGAUUGCCUGUUAGCUGUACGGUGGGUUGCCUACACGCCACCCUUCCUGUUCCAUUACAUUCCCCAAAAAGAUGAUUCCCUACGCAAAUUUAGGCAGUUUUGAAGCAACCCGCCGAUUUGAAACCGAAACGAAAAUUUUGAGGUUAGGUUGUGAAUAAUUCAAAAAAUUUAAUUAGUGGCCAUUGUUCCCGCAACCGCAGUGAAUUAAUUCGCACAAAACACUUUAUUAUGGACUAUUCUCGAGCACACUAUUUUCAUGCAACGCACAAACCACUAUCUUCAUCGUCGCAACGUUUUAACUGUGAAACCGCCAACAUCGAACUCUACUUCUGCAAAGACUGCCACUUCCAAACCGAACUCGCCCUUUCGUUGAAACAGCACCUUGAAAAACACACCAUUAAAAGCGAAAAUUCGCCCCUCGACGAGCACAAAAUCCAGAGGUAUGAGUGCAAAAAGUGCCCCUUUGAAACCCACUUUUUGAUGAAAUGGCUUCGACACAAAUCAGCGUGUUCCCGGAACGGGGAGGCCUCCACUUCGAACGUAACGUGGUACAAGUGUCACCAGUGCGACCGUAAAUACAAGAACCGGUCUUCGUUGAGUCAACACAAAAUCUCCAAACACUCGAAAGACGACGAGAUUUGUUGGUAUCAUUGCACGAAAUGCUCCUACAAAGCUAAACAAAACUGGCGGCUGAACAUCCACAUGAGGUCCCGGCAUCUGGACGAAAAAGAUAUUAAGUGGUACAAAUGUGACCAGUGCCCGUACAAAGCCAAACAAAAAGUGAGCUUGAAGGAUCACGUCAUCGCGCGACACUUAAAAGAGCAGGAAAUACAUUGGUUUCAGUGCACUUUGUGCCCGUACAAAGCUAAGAGGAAAAGUAGCUUGAAAACUCACAUAUAUCAGCUGCAUUCCAACGACAAAGACAUCAAGUGGUUCGAAUGUAAAAAGUGUUCAUACAAAUCUAAAAGAAAUUAUGAUUUAAAAUUGCACAUUGACGUGCGGCAUUUGGAUAAAAAGAUUGUUAAGUAUUUUAAAUGUGCGAAGUGUCCGUAUAAAGCUAAGCAGAAAACGUCGCUGGAUAAACACAUUAUUGCUCAACAUGUAGAUGAGCAAGAUGUCAAAUGGCAUACUUGUGAAAAGUGUCCAUAUAGGACUAAACACCACAGUAAUUUAAGAACGCACAUGAAUUUAAAUCAUUUAAGUGAAAACGCUAGCUGGUAUGAAUGUACGAUGUGUCCAUAUAAAACUAAGCUGAAGGGACAUUUGAAAAAUCACACUAAUGCACGUCAUGUGGACGAAAAAGAUAUUAAGUGGUUUGAAUGUAGAGCGUGUUCUUUCAAGUCUAGGUAUAAAUCGUGUUUGAAACGACACAUAAAUGCACGACAUGCGUCUGAGGUACUACUAAGUAAAGUAGAUUUGGAAGAAGUGAGGGUUAAUUGAGUACAUUCACAUUUUUUAUCUUGUUGUUGUGGACUAUAUUCACAUUUUUAGAUAUUUAUGGAAGUCAGGGAAGCCAUUACUGUAAAUUUUAGAUUUAAGUGAACUUUUACUACUUUACUUUUAAUCAGGUGUCAUAAAGUGGGUAUAAUUACAACCAGAAAUCUAUUUUAUUAAUAGUUUCUGGGUAAAAACAGUAGUUUGUAUAUUUUAUUAACGAUUGAUUGUUGUUGUGUCAAUUUUUGUCUUG